GAAUUGGAAAAAAAAGGACACGUUUUGUGAUUUCUAAUUUUUAUCAACAAGUGCUAUCAUUUUGUUGUCUGGGCCCAAAAUGUUUAUCAAAAGUAUUGCUGUUUUUCUGGGUGUGAUUGUUGUAGCUCUAGCGGAAAUAGAGUAUGAACGAGCAACUAAACGAUGCUGGUCCCAAAGUGAUUGUGAUCCAUUGCUAGAAUGCUGCUCCAAGAGGAUCUUCGAAGACGAGGCUUAUUGUGUGCAACGUCGCAGAUUAAAUGAAAUUUGUUUGGAUAACGGGAUGUCAAAUACUCUUUAUAACGGGCUGUACGACAUAUCCUGUCCAUGCUUCGAAGGUCUAGAGUGCCGCAAAGAAAUAUUUACAGUGAAUGGACGAACAAGAAGCCCCAAUCCCAGGUGCGUCCCAAGCUACGGCUAUUACCCAGGGGCAACAGCGAUUUCUGGCCCAUACAGUUACGCGAAUGCCGGAGGCGCAAGAGCAGUCGCCGGAUAUGGAAAUGAGUACAGCAAUACGAAUUCAGAAUCUGGUGCUUACAGCAAUGCAGGGGGCUAUUAUCCUUACGCAGAAGAGAAUGGAGGAGAGCUGCCUUACAGCUACAGGGAAAAAAGAUCUGCGCCAACAGCUGAAAAGAAAUGAACGAAUGGUUUUUUAUGUGACAAUUUUGUACGGUUGUAAAAAUAAAGAUAUGAUUGAUAAUU